AUGGUCACCCCAUCUCAUCUCUAUGCGUUUGUGUUGUUCACCACGAGAUCGAUAUGCGACGCGCUCCAGGACGCGAACAUACUCGUUCAGCGACUGCUCCUCGACUUUCUCGUGCUCGCGUUCCCGCUACACAGCAGCCACCUGGUGAGAGACGACGUCGUGCGCAUCAUCAGUGCUGCCAUGUACGUGCUGCUGCGGCGCGACAUGUCGCUCAAUCGCCGCCUCUACACGUGGAUGCUUGGCGUCGACUCCACCGGUCAUCCCGUUAACUUCGGCGACGGCGGCGCCACGACGCCGAUUCGCCGCCAGAUGAGCGACGCGAGCGACGCCGGCGCCCUCUAUUUCGACGCGUUCUCUCGCGAGCUGCUUGUCUGCGGGGUGCGGCGCGCGCUCGCCCGCCACGAGGGGGCGCCGGCGGCGUCCGCGCGCCCGCUCCGCGUCCUCAUCGCACUGCUCGACCGGCCCGAGAUCGGAUCCGCCAUCUUGGACGACGUUCUCCUCGACGUCGUGCGCUACGUGCGCCGCCACGCCACCGGGGGGCGCCACCGGCGCGACGACGAGGUCGCCAAGACGGCGAACCUGUUGUUUGGGAGUCUGGAGCCGAGCUUUGUGUGGGAGUACGUCGCGCGAGCGUUCGAGGCGACCGCGCGGCCAGAGGACGCGGGCGAGGUCUCCGGGGGUCGGCCGGAGGUCGCGGGGGGUCGCGGCAUCGCCGUGGCAACGGUGGAGGAGCUGUGUGCAUUGGUGGACUUCCUACUCGAUGUUUACACGCUGGAGACGUACGCGGAGACACAGACGUGGCACCUGCCGGCGCUGCUGCGGCGAGUCACCGUCGUCGUGACGACGCGAUGCGGCGCGUUCACCGAACGCGAGCUCACCGCCUGCCUCCGCCUCUGCUCGAAGAUCCUCGCCAAGGUGGCGCCAUCUCUUGUCAGCGACGAGAAGCUUUCUACGCCCGCCAAACAGUAUCGCCGCAGCGAGUCGGCGGAGGCGCCACCUGGUGGUAGGACGACGGCGCAGCGGACGGGCGAGUCCGACAGUGAGUAUGCGAGCUGCGAUGAUACAGCAGCUGCGCAGGCAGACGGUAUCCAUGGCGACAAGGCCAACGGUUUCCGCGGUGAUGACAAAGACCGUAUCCGUAGUGACGACACGACGAAUGGUGUCAACGUCAACGACAAACAUGGCCGUAUCCACGGCGACGAUGCGACGAACAGUAUCCACGGCGACGUGGUAACUAACGGUAUCCAUGGCGACGGUAUCCGCGACGACGAUGAGCUGGACUUGGAUUCGAGAGGAGCACCGAACGUCGGCUGGAAAACCGUCUGCGACAGCUCAGCUUCCGUCACCAUGACGACCGCCAUCACCAACUCUCCUAUGCCAAAUUGCCUGGUUUCCACGCAAAACGAGGGUGGCGCCCUCGCGUGGCCGGGAGAGAAACCGGCGUCCGUCAAGCGAACUCCGUCCGGCGGCGUCGCCGUGGCAACGGGCGACGUGGCAGACGCGCCACGCACGCUGAUGCGCGCUUGCGUCGACACCUACCUCGAAUUCUUCACGACCUUCGCCGUGCAGCGCCUCCUGGUGGGGCCCGACAUCCUCGCGACGUCGAUAACGAUGGUGGAGGCGCGCGGGAGAGGAAGGGCGGCAGCGGCGGCGGCGGAGGAGGACGAGGAGGAGGAGGAGGAGGAGGAGUACGUGUGGAUGACGGAGCGGCAGCGGGGAAUGUCGGGAGUGUUCGCGCUCGCUUGUCAGCUGCUCCUGGAAUUCUCCUGCUUUCCGAUGUACUGCCGGGAACACGUUCUGCUUCCUAGAGCAGAUCUACAGAACGAGAUGGCAGCAGCGUCGCUGCCUUCCUGGCUGCAGGUGCUGCUGGUGUUCAGUUGUUUUGUCGACCAUUUCCCGCUGCAGAGCUGCGCAAUCAGCACGCUACUGGAGCUCAUUAGCCUCUGUCGCUCCAUCCACGACCAGCACUUGGCCGUCCGGCGACCACUGGCUCCCCAUGGAGGCAGUCCUGACACGGUGACGGUGCUCAUUGUUCCAAUACUAUCGGAGUGCCACCUAGGUUAUAUCGACAGCAAAACAGAUUUCUACAAGAUCGUCGCCGAAAAUUUGUGGGAGGCGCUAGAUAGCAGCAAUCAAAUUUGCCACCAGAGGGCGGUGGAGCUGCUACAGCAGGUGCACAACCUGGCGCCCUCUGCGAUGAUUUGCGAGGACGUGAUUGGUCACUGUUUGAUUAGCAGCGAUCAGGAUCUGUUCAUAUACAGUGCAGGACUGUUCCCCCUGCUUGGUCAUGCAGCCAUUAACGUGAGGCCAGCCCUGCUCAACAUUUACGAAGCUCACUUUGUACCUCUAGGUAAAGAAAUCAGCCGCAUCUAUCUAGAUUCUAGAUUCCAAAUGGGUAGAGACAUUAGAAAGAGAGUUAAUGGAGCAGAGGAGGUUCCAGAUGGCACCAACCCCCGGCUGCAGUUUUCUAGUUUCCUGUGGGACGGAAGUGGUAGAAACAGGAUAAAGGGACAAGCGUUGCGACCAAGCCUACCAGGCCUGCUGCUGGGCAUAUUUCCUGGACUGGAGGAAGGAUCAGACUAUUAUGACAGGUGCACAUUUGUUGUUCUGGACAAGCUCCACGACGGCACGGGGCCGCUGCGAUCCGCCGCCGAGGCGUGGACCAAUCAGGCGCUGUCGCACGGUGACGCGCCGCGGCUGCUGGCGCCGCUGCUGCUGCUGCUGCUGCAUCCGGAUACGGCUCGCAUCUCCCUGCAGCGUACGCCCGUCGCCCCGGCCGGCAAGAUGAUAACAGAUUGUUGGGACGACUCGGGCGAUCACGAGGCAAAGAUCUACGCGAUCAGUAGCGUCGACGGAAACGUCAUGUACCACGUUGCGAAGCCGCCGCCGCUGCCGCCGGCGCCCCCUACCGGCCGAUCGUCCAGCGCGCCAUCCCUCGCCUCCUACGUCUCUGACGAUCCGGUGUUUCCCGUGCAGGGGGAGCCACCGUCGAAGGAUCGCCACCUGGUGGGGGACAUCCCUUCUACUCUGACCUCUUCCGAUGUCGCACCGGAUGGUGGCGCCCCCCGGGGGAGGUCGGCGACGAUCGCGGGGGUCGGCAGCAAGAUGGCGCCACCGCUGCAGCCGCGCGCCGCGUCCUGCUGCGACGUGUCGUCGCCGGCGGCAACGGGCGACGACGACGCGGCGUCCUCGACCGGCAGCAGCGGGGAUUCUGGGAAGGCGGGGUCGGCGGCCGGGGGAGCGUUCACGGACAGCGGGGAACACGGAGAGACACGGUUCCUCACAGAAGCUGAGCAUCCAGACUCCGCCGAAGCCGCGCACGCGAUCGCUCGCAGCAUCAUCGACGAAAUCCUCCUGCGCGUCGUCCCCGACGACGACCCCGCGCCGACCCCGGACCCGCCGCCUGGUGGCGACGACGGGCAGGUGCACCCGGCGCACGUUCACUUGUUGGUGUACCGCGGUACGUACGACGCGGCGCGGUGUCUGCACUCGUUGUCGUCGCUGCGCGCGCUCAUCUGCGCGAACCCGCGGCUAGCCGUCUGCGCUCUCGCGACGACGGGCGCGAACGACCAGCGCCUCCUGGUGGCUCUAACCCGACACCGCCACGCCGACGACUACUACGCGACGGCGGCGCCCCCUGGCGGCGGUCCUACGGCGGACGACGUUGCCGCGAACCGGCGCGUGCGUCUCGCCGCCUCCGAGGUGCUCCACCUGGUGGCGGCGGAGCUCGUCACGCUGACGCGGGACGCGGGGCGAGCGUUCGCUUGUUACAUCGCCGACACGCUCGCAAAGUGCGGCGCGCGCGAGACGGUGCUGCGCCUGGUGGCGGCGUGCGUGCACGACGCGCGCCUAGACGGUGGCGCCCCCGCGGACGCGGCAGACGGACUCGCGGAGUCGUAUCUCGCGAGUCUGCUCAAGGUCACCGCUUCGCUCGUGAAGCUGGAAGCUCAGAUCGACGCCUGGCGGACGGACGCGGCUGCGGAGAACGAACGAAAGUCCGAGGCGCGCGUCGCCGCGGCGACCAUCGCCGGGCAGCAGCUGUUUCUGUCGGCGGUGCUGGGCGGGUUGCGGCAGCAGCACAACUCGCAUCUGCAUCGUUACUGGGUUGCCGUGGUGAUGGCGACGCUGCCGUAUUUGGGCGCGUCGCUGCCGAGCGUCGUCACGCCGACCGUGAACCAGGUGUGCAGGAACCUGGAGCUGUUGUCACACCUGUAUGCCGGCCGCGCUCACCUGAUCAGAUUUAUCGCUCACCUCACUUCCGGAGCUAAUGAGAUUGUUCAGGAUCUGUCCAGGAUUCGUCGACUCGUCGUGGUGCACGAAACCGACACUGAGGGCAGCACCGGGCGGGCCGAGCUGGCUACAGGGUGCGCUGUGUUCGAGCAUGCAGAAAUGGCAGAGGGCCGUGAUUGCGUCGAACAGCACGAGUGUGUGGGGGCGCAGGUGGAGGCUGUGAAGCGCUACGCACGACUGUGGCACCUCACGAGUGAGAUGCACACCAAGACAAAGUCCCGCUACCUGGCGGUGGAAGACUUCCCGCGCGCGGAGGUGCUGCUGCUGCGCUACCUGCUGUGUCUGAAAGUCGAAGAUUUCCUUCCCCUCGUCCGGGCCGCCUGGUUACGGAACGUGACGCCCCUUGAGGUUAGUCUGCUGCAAUUCUUCUAUGCGUACGUUCAGCGCGUGUCGGCCGCUCAGCUCCUGGACUCCUGGCCGUCGCUGCUCUCACUGCUGCGGGACGGUCUACACAUCGACCUGGUCGCACCCGGAAAAUUCCUGCUGCUCAUGAAAACUUGGAAAAUUCCUGCUCUCUCUUCACGGUACCUCACCCCCUCCCUCUCCCCCCUCUCUCUCUGGUACAGGGGAAAUUCCGGCCGCUCGAGAAUGAUCAUCAAUGAAUUUGUUCAGAAGGUUCCAAUGUUUGAGGACAGAAAGGAUCAAAAAGACCUACAGGUUGAGCGACUAGCCGAGUGUCUGCGGAUCGCUCAGGUGCCGAGCAUCCAAGCUCAGGUUUUCCUCUGCUUCCGCCAUCCUCCUGCUGCGCAAUGUCGCCACAGCAACUCGUCCCUCUGGCCGACCAUCAUCACCGAAUGUGAUGUUCAUGUGUUUCUACAAGUGGAGCAAGAGCUGUCAACGGACACGGAGGAGUUCAAGCGAGGAAACAGGCAGCAUCUGAAGAAUCUUGGUGCACUAGACUCCAGCUGGACGGUGCUGAGCGGCAACGGUCUAAACGCGCACAACAACCCGCAGUGGCUCCACCUAUACUUGUCCGUCUGCAAGCUGCUCGACCUCGCACUGGUGCUGCCCUCUGAUGUGCAGCCGCAGUUUCAGAUGUUACGCUUGGUAUGCCCUCAGCGUACAAUGACGUUUGUUGGGGAGCAGACGACAGAACGCAAGUAUCAGAAGACACCAGAGUUUGAGCCUCACUGCCUGAGGAUCGCACACCUACUCAACAGCAAAGUCCAGAAACUGAGCGAGGCCCGCUCCAGGGCGCCCGCGGCACCCCGUCCUCACGCGCCCGACGCGCACCUUCGGCUUCACGACCUGCAAGUUUCUUCAACCCAUCUGCCAAACGUUGACCAAUCAGCGAGCGCGUACCAUCGCGAUGCCAGCCUAUCGGAGACGCUACCAGGAGCACCGAUCGCGCGCUCCGGAGCUGCCGCCGCUCAAUUUCGUUAG